UCUCUCUCUCUCUCUCUCUCUCUCUCAUCACCGGAGCCAAGCGGAAGAAACUCCGAAUGCUCCGUGAUAUCCCUCAAUCAGGAAAUACCAUUCAAACUCGCCAUAGCUGUAGUGCUUUGUGGACUCACUCUCUCCGUUAAACCGAUUCUUACCAAGUAGAAAACUUUGUCUUGUUGUUGUUGUUUGGGGAGGAGAGAUGCGGUUGGCCGAACCGUGAAUCCACUAACGGAGCAUUAAAAGCAGCGGAGAGAACCGGAGAAGCGAGACACCCAUCAUCACGGUCCGCUGUUUCUGACCGACGACUGAAUAUGCUGGAGUGGGUGAGUGAAGUCUUCUGGCAGGAGCGUCUGUGGUUCCCCGAGGGAUUGGGAUGGGCUGAUCUGGAGGACCGUGAUGGCCAGGUCUAUGCGAAGGCACGGGAUUUGUGGGUGGCACUGCCAAUCGCCGUCCUGUUUCUAGUAAUUCGACAGGUCUUUGAGAGAUAUGUUGCUACACCGCUAGCCUCUCUGCUGGGCUUGAAGGAAUCAGUCAGAAGGCAAGUUACACACAACCUCACGCUGGAGUCCUACUAUUGCAACACAACUAAAAACCCCACACAGAGUUCAGUAGAGAAACUGUGCAAGCAGACGGGAUGGACAGAGCGACAGAUCCAGCGCUGGUUCAGGCGGCGCAGGAAUCAAGACAGACCCAACCUUCUCAAGAAGUUUUGUGAGGCCAGCUGGAGGUUCGCCUUCUAUCUUCUCGCCUUCAUCGGUGGUCUUGUUGCACUAAUAGAUAAGCCCUGGUUGUAUGAUUUAGAGGAGAUGUGGAAAGGCUUCCCCACUCUGACGCUCCUGCCGUCUCAGUACUGGUACUACAUGCUGGAGCUGGGUUUCUACACCUCUCUUCUCUUCAGCGUGGCGUCUGAUGUCAAGCGUAAAGACUUCAGAGAGCAGGUCAUUCAUCACGUGGCCACCAUCAUGCUGAUCAGCUUCUCCUGGUGUGUUAACUACAUCAGAGCGGGAACGCUCAUCAUGUUCAUGCACGAUUCAGCCGACUAUCUGCUCGAGUCAGCUAAGAUGUUUAACUACGCCAGAUGGAAGAACGCAUGCAACUACAUCUUCAUCCUGUUUGCUGCGAUCUUCAUCGUCACACGCCUCAUCAUCUUCCCUUUCCGGAUCAUGUAUUGCACAUGGGUGUAUCCCGUGACCCUGUACCCUCCGUUCUUCGGAUAUUACUUCUUUAACGGGCUGCUGAUGGUUCUGCUGUGUCUGCACAUCUUCUGGGCCGCGCUGAUCAUACGCUUGGCCUUCCGCUUCUUGAGCAGUAACUCGUCGGUAGAAGACGAGAGGUCCGAUCGAGAGGAGACGGACGAGUCAGAGGAAGAAGAACAGAUGAAAAAUGGAGCGAUAAAGACAAACGGACCAGCUCAGAACGGCCACGCUACAUAUAACAACAACCACUCUAAAAAAACAGAGUGAGGUCUUGAGAGGACAGAAGCGUUCAGAAACCUCGAGAUUGUUCCUCUGCUGAAGCGGAGCAGAGACGGGUGACGAACAGAGGAUCGAUUGCUGUCUACACUACAGACAAACACACGCAAGCACACAGUCAUCACACCGACACAGAACCAACAGGGAGCACAGCUGAUACAGACUUCACAUCAUUUACUGAUGCUGUUCCAGAUUUCUUGCCGUUAUUUAUAGCAGAAUGUCCAAACUGCUCUUCCCAUACAAUGGAAAUCAAUCCAUUCAGUCAAGCAAGAUUUUCAUUCUGUUCCUCACUGAUCUGUUGAUACGAGUCUCAUAUGGACUGCUUUUAUGCUGUGUUUGUGCUUCCUAGAGCUGGAAAUCCUCUAUUUCCAUUGUAUGGAAGACAGAAAAAAAAUCAUAAUUGUGGAAUUCAGAAUUUGUUUCAGAGAAAAUGUCAGAAUUGUGAGAUAUAAACACCGAAUUUCAAGAUAGAAACUCACAAAUCAGACUUUCUUUCUUUUUUUUUUUCUCAAAGUUUACAUCUCGCAAUUGUUUUUUUUUUUUUUUCCACCGUGGAGCUCUCAGUUAUAAUAUUAUAUCUCACAAUUCAGAGGAAAACAAACAGUUGUGAGAUGUAAAUUUGGAAUUGUGAGAAAAGUCAGGAUUCUGAGACAAAAAGCUGCAAUUAUCUUUCUUAUUUCUACAUUCUGUGACAGAAAUGGACUUCCAGAGAGAGCAGAUCAGAAAUAAUGCUAAACCUGUUCUUAAAAAAUCAUGAGUACAUGACCUGUGCCUUUUAACAGUGCCUUCCUUUGCCCUUGUUUGCUAAUUAUCAUGCCUUGUUUUUUAGUUUUUAAUUUAAAUCUUUUUUUCCAGAGUAUAACCAUCCAUCCUAUAAUACUGAAUGUUUCGACUGAAUACAUCUGAAUACCAAGUGGACCAGUUUACUCAUCGUUAAUGGCAAAAUAAGUCAAUAGCACAGCGAUGUCUGAAGAACAUCUCACACAGAAGUCACUUUCAAACCAAACAGAUUUCUGAUUAGAAAACAGGCUCAAGGGGCUCACGCUCAAUCACUGCAUUGACCAUCUUGUACCUGUUUCAUAAUCUGCACAAGAAAAUCUUACGUUUAUAUAAUUCAUAUUGAAAUAACUGGAUUUUGCCCACAGAAAUGCUUUGUUAAUGCAUUUUCACUCAUAGGAAUAAAAAAGCAUGCUGGCUGACUGUAAACGAUGAGCCAGAACACCGAAAAUAACUGAGUGCACCUUUAAAUACGGCCAGAUGUCAUUAAAAGAGUGUGUAAAGCAUGCAAUUCACUGCCAGUUCUUCUGAUGAGAAAACCACUACCGUUCAGUUUAUGGAUGUGAUAUUAAACCCAUGUUUACUCUCAAGUUCCUAACACUGAACAAACACAUACUGGCCAGUUGCUGCUCGUUCAUUUUCUCACAGAUUCUGAAUAUUCACAAGCUGCCAGCCAAAGAGAGGAUGAGUGUGUAAACGUGUGAGUUUGAGUGGUCUGCUGCUGUCUCGCGUCUCGAGAUGAAUUAGGAUCUUCUCAUCUGAAUCAUCUCAUUCACAUGGCAUUUCAUCAGUCCUCCCAUCAUGCUCUUCUGGACUUUGUGUCAGACGCAGUCGAGUCGAUUACAGUGUUAUCUUUAGUUUGUAUUUCCCUGUGUUUUGUAAUAUGGCGAUAUUAUGGACGAUGUUAAGAAUAAAAUACUGAAUGUAAGUCA